GGUAUCAUAUUUUGCUACGAAAUAUUCAAACAUUUUAUAGAACUGCUAAUAACUUAAUAACAUGUUAAAUUAUCCUUUUAAAAACGACAAAAAUGUAAAUUUUAAAAAGAUUGCGAUGCCAUCAUAAUGGAUGGAUAUUUCCAGCAAAGUUUCAAAUAUUAAAAUUUCACCUGAAGGUGAAAUACUUUACUUGCAUAAACAUAUUUUGUGGCUGCUAAAACCUGGUCGACAUGAAUCGUGUGAAAAUAAAUGUGUCGGGUACACAUUUUGAAUUUGACAGAAAAAUUGUGAACGAGAAAAAAAGUCACAGAUUGGCAUACUUGUGUGCCAAUGAGCCAGAUUAUAAACCAUUGGAAUUAACAGUUGAUCGUUCGGCUAUAGCUUUUGGGGCAAUAUUGUCCUACUAUCAGACUGGAGAGUUACACAUACCCCCGGGAAUUUGCCCCGGUGCUUUUCGACGGGAGAUGGAAUUUUGGGAAUUGGAUGCAGACGUCUUGCAUGAGUGUUGUUUAUACAGAUACCAAGCCUUUCUUGACGACGAAGAUACUCGCCGACGAUUUUUACACAAAACUCUACAACCAACGUCAACGAUGUCUCCGGCAGUAAGUCCGGCAGUGGUCGGCAAGCUGACGAUGUAUAGAUCAAGGUUAUGGGAUAUAAUGGACAAUAACGUGAAUUCUAUAGCUGCGAAGUUAUACUUUAUCUUGGUCUUCAUGAUGGUGUUGUUGUCCGUAUUUGUCCUGGCUUUCAGUACCGAGCCGUCAAUGAGACGCGGGGUCUCCAAGUGUGAGUUGCUGGAAUACAUGGAGAACACCGGAAACGACAAUGUUGACAAGGUUAAAGAAACAUUAGGAAAUCCGGAUUGUUCCACCACUGGUUCCUGGCCGGGGGGAGGAAGCUGGUAUGACGAAGAAGUCGAUUUUGAUUUCUAUGACUGGGACUACUACGAGUUCAGCUGGGGAUACUUUUGGGAAGCACUCGAGGAUAUACCACAUGGAUUUUGGGAAAGCCCAGUCUUGAACACCACCACGGCAGAGCCACAUUCUCAAUCUAAUUCCACGUCGACGACAGGCGCGUCAAGCACACAGUCGACAGUGACACCUUCGGUGUACGAUUACGCCUCAAUGCUGCAAAAUUUUUCCAAAGAAAAACCUGUUCGAAGGACGAUUUACGUUCCAGAUCUGACAGUUCCGAAAUAUCCCUUCUUUAUUCUGGAAAUUAUCAUAAGUAUAUUCUUCACUGUCGACUUUAUUCUCCGGCUUGUAUCUUGUCCGUCUUUACGUCGUUAUUUUCUCUCCAUUAUCAACGUUCUUGAUGCGUUUGCGUUAUUCUCUUGUUACGUACAUAUAAUAAUCGUUUCAGUUGAAAAAGAAUAUCGCUACAAGGACUCCGUUUGGCUCAAUUUGCUAGAUUUUGCACAGGUUUUCCGAGCGUUGCGCCUUUUUAGAGUUGUGAAAAAUGUCCGCGCAAGCAAAGUGCUUGCGUACUCGUUGAAACAAGACGUGCGAGAUAUGACUCUCUUGGUAAUGCUUCUCUUUGUCGGAAUAUCAACUUUUGCUUGUCUCUUUUAUUUCGCAGAAUCUCGCGAGACUAUUCCGUCAAUCCCAAACGCUUGGUAUUGGGCAAUCGUCACAAUGACCACAGUUGGUUAUGGCGACAUCUCGCCGCAAACGGGAAUUGGGCGCGUGAUUGCUUCGAUCUGCGCGAUUUGCGGCGUUCUACUUCUCGCGAUUACUCUACCGAUGUUUGUGAACAAUUUUCUCACAUUGUACCAGUACUCGUGUGUGAAUGAGUCUAUCGAGAAAAGAAAGGGGCAGAAAAAAGUAGACGAUGUAAUAGGGAGUAAGGCUAAUGAUCUAAUCGUUACUGACGUAGAUAAGCCGCCGGCUUACGAGACUCCAAAGAAAACAGUCGACGCUCCGGAAGUUGUCAGUAGAGGGGUCACCAUGUACCAUGUCAAAGAAGCAGCGAUGAAGUAAAUUAUCAAAAAAACGUAACAAUCCAAAAGCAAGAAGAACAAUUGAAUGUUUAUUUCUAUUAAUUAAGAUCGCAUUUAGUUUGAUAUUUCAGCUAUUCAUACAUGGCAAACGAAAGCAAAAACACUAGAAUGUGGUCGUGCCUAAACUGUAACACGACCUAGUGUUGCUGGAUUUCUGAAUUAAAGUUCUGUAAACCAGAAAAAUUUCUAGCGCAGUAAUAUAAUUCGGUUGUUCUUUUGUAAUGAAGUACUACUAACUUAUUAAGCGGUCCCGUGGCUUUUACACUGAUGUCAGUGCAUCCUCAGAAAUAAUAGCACGAGUUACAAUAACUGAGGUGAUUUAAGUACAUACUGAGAUCAGAUCAUUUAGUUGUCCAGUAUGUUAACCUUUACCCGGCUAAAUUUCUAAAAUUGACUGGUCUAUCAUGUAGUUUAGACAGUACCAUUUAUUACCUAAAGGGAUGUUCACUGAAAACUUACUAACUGAACAGGGAAGUGUAGAGAUCACGGGUGGUAACGCACAAUCUAAUUCCCACUGGGAAUACCCUUAAAAUGGGUUGCGCAACUUCCGGUGUUAGUGUUGCACAUCAAUAUAUACAAAAUCGAGGUAGAUGGGUGUUUUUUUUGUACAAUAAUGACACAUUUACGAGUGUUUUCGAAGAAAGCAAAAUGCUGUUCGAGACAAAAAUGAAUAAAGAUCAUAUAUUUGAAAUACCAGAUUAUUCAUUUAAGAAUCAGCCCUGAUAUCAUGAAAACUCUGCUGGCUCGAUCUAUCAGGAAAGUAUGGAAUCAUGAAAAAUUCAAAUUUUCUAAUUCUUGUGUCUUCUUUCUGGAAAUGUGACACAUCUAAUGAUCAAACACGUGAAUAACAGUCAUGAGUAUUACACACACUUGAAUGAAAUGUUGCUUUUGGGGGAAAGAUUGGCAAAAAAAAUCGGGAAUGGGGUUGCGCCCCGGGAAUGGAGUGGCAUCAUUAUAUACAUUAUGAUGUAUAAGAGCAACUCCAUUCCCGGUGACUUUUUGUCAAUUGUGUCCCCGUAAGCAGGAUUUGAAGCAAAUGAUUUUGAUAUCCGUUACUUCAUAACAGUUGUUUUAAUAUCAUAAAAAGCUUCAGAUAUCCUCAGAUAAGGCAUUUGAGGUCAGAAACUUCCAUUUUUGUUGAUUUCAUACUUCUUCAAAGUCACGCUUCGUGUCGCCAGAGUUUUUGUGAUAAUAGUGGCGAAUCAUAAAUUACAAACCAGAUAUUUUAUAUUUAUGAAGUAUCAUCAUAUCUGUGUCGAAUAGCAUUUUCCUUUUUACUAGAAAAAUUAUUCUUGUCUCAUACUAAGCAAAACAAUGAUUUCACAUACCUCAAUUUCGUCUAUUUUUACGCGCAACACCAGCACCGGACGUCGCGCAACCCAUUUUAUGCGUAUUCCCAGCGGGAAAUGAGUUGCGCGUUUACCACCCGUGAAGAUGCACUGGCCGCAAAGGAAGAUUCAUUUACCGCCACCAGACUACAGGUUAAGAUAAG